CGCUGGAACCAAAGUUUGGGAACAAGUUCAUUGCCGGGGGAGAAGACAUGUGGGUUCAUGUAUUUGAUUUCCAUACCGGUGAAGAGAUCGCAUGCAACAAGGGUCACCACGGUCCAGUUCACUGUUUGCGCUUCUCACCCGGAGGGGAAUCAUACGCCUCAGGAUCAGAAGAUGGCACCAUCAGAAUAUGGCAGACCGGCCCCUUGACUCCAGAUGAAGCUGAGGCGCUGGCAGCUAAUGGGUCAGUUGGAAAGGUGAAGGUACCCGCAGAAGAGGUUUCUCACAAGAUCGAGGGGUUCCACAUCACAGAAGAGGGAAAAGCGAAGGAGAAGGAAGAGGCGGCUGUGAACGAGUGAAGUGGUCCAAGAGUAUAUGUAGCCAAUGCCUUUCAUAUUUGAGAUCUAUCCAUCCUAGUUUGAUUACUUCAUUACAUAGACAGACUAAAACAAGAAUUUUUUGUACAACUUUUAGCUCACUGUUUUUCGUUACCGAAACAUCGACCGGACAAACGAAUCGUUACUGCAUACGAUGAUCGGAUCGCUUCCGAAACUGAUGAACCUAAGAAACCUGGAAUUUUGUUCAUUUUCAA